UUUGCUUUCACAUCAAUGUAGAUCUCACUGUACUUGAGCUCACAAAGGAGUGCCAUCUCUUUAGAGCACAAGGAAGACAAUAAAUUACUGUCAAAUUCCAGUAGCCUGCGGAAUGGAUACCAGCAAGUCCCCCGCUGACUGGAAUUCAUCUGAGAAGUCAGAGAUUUUGCAGCCAGCACCACCACCCUACCAGGACCAGUAUGGGUACCCCAAUGCUGGAUACCCUGCUCAAGGGAGUUAUCCCACCUCUUCUGGCUAUCCAGACCAGCCAUAUGGAGCUCCAGGUGACCAGCCAAACCUCCAGGGGCAGUAUGCCCAAGGGCCAUUUCCAGGUCAGCCUGUGGUCACUGCACAGUCAACAAUGUAUGUGACCGUCACUCCACUGGCCAAUCCACAGCCGGAUUACCUGGGCUAUUCUAUCUUUACCAUGCUGUGCUGCUGUUUGCCCCUGGGUAUUGCUGCUCUGAUUUACUCCAUUUUUACUCGGAAGGCUAACAUGUCCGGACACCAACUGUUAGCAGAGACAAACUCCAAAAUGGCGCGCACCCUUAACCAUGCCGCUCUUGGUAUCGGCCUCACCGUCGUUGUGUUGUAUAUCAUCAUCGUCAUUGUUAAUAUCAUCUCCGUUAAGUAACAUCCAUCAUAAUUGUCAGAGAUUUCAUGGCUGGAUACCAGAAAGUGUUCUCAGAUAUACAUACAAAGGGUUUUUUUAUUCAAAUAUUUGGUAUUUUGCUUUUAAAUGCUUUCAAAUGUAAUCUGCUUAAUGUAACUCGCAUAAUCAUUACGACUUUGUUAAGACUUCACAUUAAUGAGCUGAUUCAUCUAUAGGGCCAGUGAGGACUGAUUCAGUACGUGUAAUCUAAUUACUCAUCUCCAAUGUAUACUUAUUUGCAUAAUUAAAACAAAUGUUCUAAAGUU